CAUGUCCAUAACUUUCGUCAGAAGAUUGUGGGAAUGGGCUAAGAGAUUUGGGAUUUCUGGCUGAACGAAGUGAUCAAGUCAAGCCGAAAUGAAACCCUGAUAUGAUGGAGGUGCUAUGUGGUCAAGACUGAUCAAGGUUCAGGGAUGCAGAACUCGUGAACCGGCCAACCAAUUUAUCACACAUGACUGGAAGAAAAAGGAAGUGAAUGGUUUCCUGUCUAAUUAGGUAUAUAGUCUACCACAGAGACAUUAAUGUGGCAGUUUCCUUGUUUUUGCUGUGCAAGUUUGCAGUUGUUGUCCAAGUCCACCAAGUCUUAGCAAAUUCUGACACUGAACUAGAUCUGAUCUACUGCUGAGUGAUUCAACACAGCAUGCCGAUCAGUGCUGAUCAGUGGAGAGUGGUGAUUGGCUGCAACAAUGUCAGGAGGCAUCGUCAAAUUGAUUUGAAACGAUUCUGCUUGGAAAAGAUGAUUUUUGGGGGAAGCAGCAUACAGUUAGAUCUAUCCGAUCUAUCUCAGCUGGACGCAGUGGUGCAAGAAGUACGGAAGGAUGCUGAAACAAGCCAUUCUGCGACACUUAAUGAUUUUAUCUUGGAUGAUUCCCUCGACGAAUUAUCGGUGAUAUUGAUGACUGUAUGUUGUCAAUGUAUCGAGGUGCUUCAAUGCUUCCUAUCCAUGGUUAAGUUACAACUUCUUCAAUUGGCUGGAGACGUAGAAACAAAUCCUGGUCCAGGUACCGAGACACCCGAGUACAAGACAAUAGUGUUAUGCACCAAGGUGUUGACUGAUUCAAUUGCUCAUGGCGUCUCUGGAAUCAGUGGUAGUUUAUUCUCGUUAUCGAUUAUCUCAAACGAGACUUAUCAGGAAAUGAUGAACACUUCUCGAACUGGUCAUAACAAAGCUUCGAUACUGAUUGAUGACCUCUCUAAUGGAAUUAAGUUGAAUCCUGAAACAUUCCACAAAUUUGUCGCUGCCUUAAAGGAAGAUGGUCCAUGGACCGAGAACAUAGUCUCUCAUGUCUUAGAAGCGUACAGCAAUAUUAAAGCAUCAGCUCCACCUCAAUCACAAAGGACCCCACCGAAUUGUAGCGCUGAUGAGAGCAGGCGUAUCGUCAACGAUAUCGCCCGACGCCAUGGUGUAGAUUCUCUCCUUGAUCAGAAAUGCACAGAUUAUCAUAUUCUUCCAAUAUCCAAGUGCAUAGUUCAUUGGAACGCUUAUGGCCAAUACCUCGGUCUAAGUCCACAGCAUAUACAUGCUAUUGAUACAAAUCGUCUGAACACUUUACCGAAUUCCAAAACUAAAGAAAUGCUACAUAAAUGGCAGGAAAUGUGUCCAGCAAUAAAAUGCACUUAUCGCUACUUGGUUCAGGGGAUCAUUGAGGUAGAAAACAAUCGUCGCCUUGUAGGGGACAUAUGCACUAUCAUUGCUGAACCCUCACCCUCAUGUACAAAUGACAAAGCUGGCAGUGAUGAUGUCAUCCCCAAAAUCUCCCCAAACCCUCACAAACGAGCAGAUAAACCACAAUCUGUAAAGGCUGAUGAACCAAGCCCUAAGAGAGCAAGAGAAAUUGAGCCAUUCAAGGAAGACGAUGUGCCACAAGCAUUCUGUGAACUACCUCCUCCUAGUACGGUAGAGACUCAGUCUUCAGAGGAAGGUGUUGAUGAAGAAUGCAGCAUUGAUGGUGCUCUUGCUCAAGUGGCUACAGGCAAACUGUGGCCUAUCAAUCACGGUAAAGAUGCACUUUAUUUUUACAUCAUUAACCGAGGUGAUCUGGCCAGAGUUGAUCUCAAUCCUGACAACAUAACAUCAUGGGCUAAUGAAUGGUGCCACCACCAUGUAUAUAGCAAAGUGAUUCCAAAAUUAUAUAUCACUGGAGAUUCUACUAAGUCAGACAUCAGGAUCAGAAUUGAUCCAGAUGGUAAAUCUUGGUCCAAGAUUGGAGUUGAUGCAGUAUCGGUUGAUAAAUCCAAACCCACCAUGGUUCUUGGGCUUCGCAAAGGUUAUAGUAACUACAAUCAACACAUUGUAAUCCACGAAUUUGGGCAUGCACUGGGCUUGGAGCAUGAGCAUCAGAGAUCAAUUUUUUGGUCAGUGGCGAAAAAGUUUAUUGAUGUUGGCGAAAUGAGAAGAGAUGAGAGAUUAAAGAACACAGAUAUUAAUGGUGACUACUUGGAAAGUUUGCAGUAUGGUGACGGCUCUGACAAGUACGACCCUGACAGUGUCAUGCACUAUUGGUUCGACAAGAAAUGGCUGAAUCCGAAGAAAUACAGGGAUGAAGAUAAAGUGAAGAAUGACAGACGUUUGAGUGAUACGGACAGGAAAGUCAUUCUAGGCAUCCACAAGCGUCAUUUGAAAUUUGCAGUUUGCCCGUCUCCAACAGAUUUUGCCUUUUUGGCACAGUGCUAUGGGAAAAAUCAUCGAGAAAACCAACCACAAUUAAUAGUGUCAUCAUCAGAUGAUUUCGAAAAUCUCCAACGAGACAAUGCAGGUAGUCCUGUAAUCACCAUCGAUCAGCUUAUUGAAGAAGUGAUUUGCUUAGCACGUGUCAUAAGUAAAACCGAUAUAGUCGAACAACUAGAGAAAACACUAAUUCUCCUCAAAUCCAAUUGUACAAAAGUGGGAAUUAUUGGUGUAACCGGGUCUGGAAAAAGUACUACAAUAAAUGCAAUGCUUGGUGAAGAAUACUUACCUACUCGUAGUUCAGGUGAAACAGCAUAUGUACUUUGCAUUAAACAUGAUUCAAAUCCCACUGCUACAUUGUAUGACAAAACGGUGGAUAAGAAAGAAAUUGCUACUGAGCCGAAAAACAUUUCAAAGGCACUGAGAGAGUUCAAUUCGGAGCGGCGCAAUAAAAAAUCCCCCGAAUUUGAAAUUGAUCGACAACUGGAACUACAUGUUCCUGUUAAAUUUUUUCAGAAUUGCAGCACAGAAUUGGAGAUAUACGACACUCCAGGUACUUCCGAGAAAAUAAAAUCACGAAUCUACGAGGAUGCUCAGAAAGCAAGAGAAGAAAUGGAGGGAAUGAUUCUUGUAUUGUCUGUUGAGACCCUUCAGUUUGAUGCAACAGCAGAACUUUUGAAAUGUAUCAAUGACAAGUUUGUGAAACAAAAAGAGAAGCGACGAGAGAAGAGGAGAAUCCUUGUGCUAAUGAACAAGAAGGAUUUAUUGUACUCAGAUGGACUUAAUGACACCGAAGAAACACUGAAGAAUGGUGCUGAAGAAAAUGUUCCUGUUCCAUGGGAGGAAGUUGUAGUCUACGGUGCACAACUUGGUCUCCAAGCAAGAAAAUUAAAAGUAAAUCCGCAUGUGCAAAAGAGGGAAUUUGACAAAUUUUGUUUUGCAGCAGAAGACAUUCCUGAGAUAAAGGACAAUGUACAUGUACUUCAGAUGAACACAUUCAGCCCACAAAAUGUGCAGGAGUUAGCCCGACUUGCUGAGGAGGGAAGUGAUAUCAAAAAGGUAGAAGAGAGUCUCAAGAAAUCAUGCCCUCGGUUCAAAGUUCUAAAAGCCAUUGAUGACACAAGAGAUCGCGUUGCAGAGCUACUGGAAUAUGUCAAGCAGCAAAUCACCCGAGAUAUGGAAACCGACAAGACAUUAGGAGAUCGUAUGAAAGAGUGGUCAGAUAAUGUGAAGAGGCUUGAGGUUGUUGGAAAAAAAUUGGAAGACCUAUGAAAUUAAUAUAUAGUAUAGUGACGAACAGAAUUGUUUCUUUAUAGCAAUUAUCCUAUGUUGUAGUAGUGACACACAGAAUUAUAUAUUUUUUUGAACGGAGUCAAUCCUUUUCAGUGUUUUCAUUUUGUUUAUAGUUGAACUUAAUUAUGUAUGCACGUAUAAAAACAUGUUAAUCGUGUUGUAGUAGUGAUCGGCACACAGAAUUAUAAUAUAUUUUCUUUGAACACAA